CUGUCAAUGAAACAAUUCAGAGAUCCAAAAUAUACAAGCAACAGCUUGUUCUGCUUGUUCUUAAAGCAUAAUGUUUUAGCAGUUUUUCGUUAUUAUUGGACUUGUGAACUAUUUGUUUGGAUAAAUAAUAAUUCGCUGGAUGAGAGAGAUGGCGUUUGUUAGCAUUAAUCUUGACCAAUGCAGCUUUUGCUCUAACACAUGCAAUGAGGAAUUUCGUUACGCGCUGGUUUCCACUCACGAUCACGAGCAGAAACUGAAAGUUAUCCUGCAGAAGCUGAGCAGUUUCACUUCUCUAUUGAGCAGUUAUCCUACUUGCGACAAAUGCCACCAAGAGUUGAUAACCGUCCACGACUUUCCCGAGAGCUGCUUCCUAAUUUUGCCCAGCGCUGAACCGACUGCCAUCAAGAUGGAACCAGAGUUAAUGAUUGAUGACCUCAAGCUGUCGGAUGGUGAAAACAUUUUUGAGACAGACAAAAAUGGAGAGGAAACCGAAACGCAAAUUAAGGACCAGAAAGGAGAGCUUUUCUCUGUUAGCAAAAUAGAGGAAGAAGAAGACAAUCCAUUAUUAAUUCCAGUUGCAAGAACGAAAACACAAAGAGGAUGCAAUAUGGAUGCUCCGAAGAAGAAAGUCCGUCUUGAAUGUGAACGUCUCCAUCCUUGUCCACAUUGCCCGAAGAUGUUUAUUCGUCCUUUAGCGCUCAAAGAACACAUUCGAGUUCAUACGGGUGAACGUCCAUAUCCAUGUCCACAUUGUUCGAAGGCCUUUAGCGAUGCUUCGAAUCUCAAGCUACACAUUCGACUUCACACGGGUGAACGUCCAUAUCCAUGUCCUCAUUGUUCGAAGGCCUAUAGCGAUCCUUCGAAUCUCAAACAACACAUUCGGGCACAUACUGGUGAACGUCCCUAUUCUUGUUCCCAGUGUUCAAAAGCGUUUGUGUAUUCUUCAUCGCUCCGAAAGCACAUUCGAACUCAUACGGGUGAACAUCCCUAUUCUUGCUCGCAGUGUCCGAAAGCGUUUGUGGAUUCUUCAUCGCUCCGAAAGCACAUUCGAAGUCAUAUGGGUGAACGUCCCUAUUCUUGUUCACAGUGUCCAAAAGCGUUUCUGAAUUCUUCAGCCCUACAAAAGCACAUUCAAACUCAUACUGAUGAACGCCCCUAUUCUUGUUUACACUGUCCGAGUGCGUUUAGGGAUCGUUAUACGCUCCGGACGCACAUUCAAAUUCAUACGGGUACACGUCCCUAUCCUUGUCCACAUUGCUCGAACACCUUUAGCAACACUUCGAAUCUGAAGCAACACAUUCGAACUCAUACUGGUGAACGUCCCUAUUCUUGUUCCCAGUGUCCAAAAGCGUUUGUGCAUUCAUCAUCGCUCCAAAAGCACAUUCGAACUCAUACGAGUGAACGCCCCUAUCAUUCUUGUCCACACUGUCCGAAAGUGCUAAGGAAUCCUUCUACGCUCCAGAUACACAUUCAGACACAUACGGGUGAACGUUCCUAUUCUUGUCCACAUUGUCCGAAGAAGUUUAAUCAUCCUAGAUGGCUCAAACAACACAUUCGAAUUCAUACGGGUGAACGUCCCUAUUCUUGUUCACAGUGUUCAAAAGCGUUUACGAGUUCUCCAGCGCUUUACAGGCACACUCGAAAUCGUCAUACGGGUUGAUAUAGAAAGGGUUGGGUGCAAUAAUUUCCCUUUUUCCUAUUAUAGAGGCUUUAAACUUCAAAGUUCAUUCGCCUCUUCACUGAAAUGAACCAUUUGGGAUCAUUUCUUUCAGAUGAACAUCCCUAUUUCUGUCCACAUUGUUCCAAAAUGCUUGAGAAACUCACAACGUUGCAGCUGCACAUUCGGAUACACACCAAGAAGAAAUCUUUCGCUUGCGAGUUAUGUAAACGAACUCUUAGGGUGGGUUUAGACUAGUGAUAUAUUCAUAUGAAGAAAUAUGAUGAGAUUUAUAGAAAUCGCAUCAACCGUUUACACUAGCGUGAACUUCUAUAAUGAAUAUAUUCAUAUCUUCGGUGAAUUUAUUCACCUGAAGUAAAACUGCAUCCAACUUUAGUGAUAUCUCACCAGUGAGAAAUUCACAAGCGUUUACAUAUGCUGAAUUUAUUCAAGUUAUAUAUACCUCGAAUAAUUGUAUCAUAUUUAUUCUCACCCGUUUACACCUAUUUCACGUGAAUAAAUCCAUCUAUAGCUAUAGAUCUCCCUAAUGUAAACCCGCCAUUACCCAGUCCUACAAUCUUACUAUUCACCUCCGCGGUAAGCACAGCCAGAUCAAGUUAUAUCGGGGCCACGAUGUAGGUAUUAUGGUUCACCAUCUGAGCAGCAAGGACAGUCAGUUCGUUGACGAUACUGCCAAAAAUCACUGGUAACCGUGAAGGGAGAGAUAACAAGAUGCUGAAGAAUCUUUUAGUCACUUAACGUUGUA